AUGUCCAUCGCGCAGGCGGCCGCCCGGGCCAUGCUAUCUGAUGCCCUGCUGCCGGACGGCGCCGGGCUGCAGCGGCUCGGCCACCUGGAGCUGGAGCUCCCUCUGGACCGGGUCAUCAAGUUCGUGUCGGUGGGGCUGCCGCUGCUGCUGGUGUGCCUGGCCUUCGCCCGGGAGAUCUCCCUGGGGCCGCAGAUCAGCUGCUUCCCUCCCAGCAACUUCACCAUCAAGCAGGCCAGCUACGUGGACACGUACUGCUGGGACUCCCUGAUGCACCACGAGUUCGACGGCGACGGCAACUUCGAGGAGCGCUCGCUCUGGGUGCACAAAAUGUUUCCCUACUCCCUCCUGGCCAUGGCCGUCCUCAUGUACCUGCCGGCCCUGAUCUGGCGCCAGCUCGUCAUGCCCACGCUGGCCUCCGACCUGCUCUUCAUCAUUGACGAAUUGGACAAGUCGUACAACCGCUCUAUCCGGCUGGCCCAGAGCAUCCUGGACAUGCGCCAGAACACCAAGAACCCGCUAACUUUCCAAGCCGAGCUGCAGCGGGCCAAGAGGAAGCGGUACUUCGAGUACCCCCUCCUGGAGAGGUACCUGCAGUGCAAGCAGAGCUCCUACUUCCUGGUCAGCAUGCUGUUCCUGCGGGGCUUCCUGCUGCUGACCUUCAUGACCGCCGCCUGCCUCUACCUGGCGUACUUCCACCUGUCCGCCUUCCUGCAGGACGAGUUCAGCUGCUUCGUGCGGACGGGCAUGCUGCGCGACCAGAGCUGGGUCCCGGAGCUGGUGCAGUGCAAGAUGAUCGGGCAGCUGGUUUUUCAGGUGAUCAGCGUGGCCAACGGCGCCAUCUACGUCCUGCUGGCGCCCAUCGUCCUGUUCAGCCUGGUGCGCCUCUUCGUGUGGGACACCUCCUUCAUCUCCAUCUACGACGUUCUCCCCGCCUUGGACCUGAUCAACCGCCGCCGGCUGGGCUGCCCGCUCAACGACCUCAACGUCCUCCUGCUCUUCCUGCGGGCCAACGUGGCUCACCUGAAGUCGUACGGCCAGGUGAGGGCGCUGUGCACCCUGGCGCCGCCGCAGGUGGGCGCCGCCGGCCAGGACCUGAGCGCCAUGCUGACCCAGGAGGAGCUGGAGGAGCGCGAGGAGGCGGCCAUGGAGCUGUCGGAGGAAGUGGAGGAGGCCAAAGAGGAAGGGAAGCUCAACCUGGUGGACAUCAUGACCGUCCUGGGAGCGGCGCAGGGCCGCGUGGUAAACUGCAGCGAGAAGCGGCCGCUGGUGGAGGAGAACCUGAGCCUGGAGCCAAACCACCAGGGGUACCAUGAGUUGAAGGAGACUGCACCAUUUAGUCAUUAUUAGGCCUCCUAUGGACCGAAUCAAUGUGAUAACAAAGGGAGCGAGGGGCUAGAACACCCUCCACUCUAGACUUUCAUGAGUACUGUACUGUGGACGCCAAUCAGAGGAAUCUGUGGUCUGAGCAGAGAAAUGAAAAAAAAAGCCUCUUUUAGAAUUACAGGGAAAGUGUUCUGCUGGGGUUGUGAAUGGAUUCAAAUCAGUUUUCUGCAGCGGGGUAACUGUAGCUGUCACCGACUUUCUUUUUAACUCGCUGUGGUCGUGCGUGUAUUUUAAGCAGUAAGUCGAAGGAAAAGCAUGGGAGUGGAAAUGGCGGCUGUAAUUGCAGAGCGCCAACACUAGUUGUUAAUGUCACUCGGUUCGUUUCUGGGAACUCAGAAAGCACACCGAGUGUGAUGGAUGUUGGUCGGGAGAAGGUUCAUGACAGCUACAAACGCCCGUGUCUGCCUUCCUGCGUGACUUCGAUUGCAUGAAUUUAACGAGACAAGCUUACUGAAUAUUAUAAUUUAUGUACUCUUCUUUCCUCCGUCUCUUUUUGCCCCCUCAUAUUGUUAUCUGCAUAGGAAAUGUGUUUCGUCUGUCUGUGAAAUAUGG